AUGGUUUCAAAUCGAGUAAUUGAAGCCAACCCUGAAAAGAUUCAAGUUGUCCAAGAUAUGCAAUCCCCAAAGAAUAUGAAGCGACUCCAGCAACUGACAGACAAGAUUGCAGCACUGAACAGAUUCAUUUCUCGGUCGACCGACAAGUGCCUCCCUUUCUUCAAGAUCUUGAGAAAGGUGUGUGAACAAGCCUUCGAGCAGCUGAAGAAGUGCUUGGCUAGCCCACCACUGCUAAGCCGAACCAUUCCUAGGGAAGCACUGUACCUGCACUUAACCGUAUCUCCUACUGCAUUUAGUGCAGUUUUAGUCCAGGAAGAAGGUGUACAGAAGCUGGUGUACUUCAUCAGCCGAGCCUUGAGAGGAUCGGAGGAAAGGUACGUGCAGAUAGAGAAGCUUGCCUUCACCUUAACCAUCUCAUCGAGGAAGCUUCGGCCAUCCUUUCAAGCCCACACCAUUAGAGUGUUAACCGAGUAUCCACUAAAGAAGGUACUUCAGAAGCUAGAUCUAUCUGGUAGAUUAGCUAGCUGGGCUAUCGAAAUCAGGGAGUUUGACAUUGAUUUUGUCCCUCGGAACGCCAUCAUGGGCCAAGCACUCAUAGAUUUCUUGGCAGAAUUCACCAAUUUGCUAGAAAUCAAGGCGUGGCCAAAAGACGAAACAUGGGUAAUUUAUGUGGAUGGAUCAUGCACAAGGAAGAACGGUGGAGCUGGAUUACUACUAAUCACACAAGACGGAGAAGAAUUGUGUAGUUCUUUGAGGUUGGAAUUCAAAAGUACCAACAACGAGGCCCCGUAUGAAGCAGUCUUGGAGAGACUUAGCUUGGCUCGAGAAAUUGAAGCAAAAUUUGUGGAGGUACGAAGCAACUCUCAAGUGAUUGUUGGACACAUCCGAGUGUGGUUCGAAGCCAAAGGCGAGAAGAUGAAGCUGUACUUGGAAAAGGUACAAAACAUGCAGAAUGUUUUCAAAAAAUUCUGCAUCAUCAAGGUCCCAAGGCAGGAGAACGAGAGAGCUGAUCAUUUGGCUCAGAUGGGUUCAUCAAUGGAAGUCGGUGUGGAAGAAACCGAAGAACUAGUGCAAAUUCUACUUAGGCCUGCAGUAACAAAGGAGCUCAUGGUUCUAGCAAUAGAGGCGAUGCCCAAAUGGGCAGAAGAACUAGUAGAGUAUUUGGAGAAUGGUACUCUUCUAGCCGACCAGAAAAAAAGCCGUCCAACUUAG